AUGUUUUCCUCACGGAAUCGCAAGGAGGAGGCGGCCUACCCGGCCGUCCCCGACUCCCUCAGGUCGGACUCGCUAGAGAUGGCGGAACUUAGAAAGACGCAACAAGCGCGAGCCGACACUUCUCCCACCAUAACACCAUACCUUAGUCUCUCAGCUAGGCUCUCUCAGAUCUGGCUAAACCGCUGGACGAUCCUACUAUUGCUCGUACUUCUCAGAGUCAUCUUGCUCAUCGCUAGCCUCAACGAUAAUGUCGACGACGCGAAUCAAAAAGCACUCUCUGCUUGCACAAAGGUCGAAGAUAUUGGCAGCGCCAUGGCCUCGAUGCCUCACUAUCUCUCUGUCGGUGUCAACGAGCUGUCGGCAAAGGGCAUCGAGAAGACCCUCGACGGCAUGGUUGCUGCUCUGGGUCUGAUACUCACUGGUGUUCAGAAUCUCAUCAUCUUCGUCAUCAACAUGAUGACAUCGAUGUACACCUGUCUUAUCACUGCCUUCAUCCAUGGCGGCCUUGAUGUUGCCUCCGACGUUACCAAGAAGGUUACCGACGCCAUGAACAAGGUGGUUGGCGACAUCAGCAAUACAAUCGAUUCUAAGGCUAAGAGCCUCUCUGAUGGUAUCAAUAAGGCCGUGGACGCAAUCGAAAACUCUGUCCUUGGUAGCGUUCUGCCCGACUUUCCCAAGGUCGACUUCUCGGGGCCUGUCAACGACCUGCGCGACAUCAAGAUCGACUCCAGCGGCUUCGUCAGCGACAUCAACAAGCUCAACGAUGACCUGCCUACCUUUGAGGAGGUUCAGAACUUGACGGCUCAGGCUAUCUCGUUCCCUUUCAACCUGCUCAAGCAGACCGUCAACGACGCCUACAAGGGCUACAAGUUCGAUCGAUCAGUCUUCCCUGUCGCCCAGAAGCAGGCGCUGCAGUUCUGCUCGACCAACAACAACAUCUCCGACUUCUUUAACAACCUCCGCGACAUGAUCCAGAAGGCUCGCAUCAUCUUCAUUGUCGUUCUCUCCAUCUUGGCUGUGCUGGUCAUCGCACCCAUGGCCUGGCUGGAGAUCAGGCGCUGGAGACGCGAGCGAAAGCACGCUCAGAUCAUGGCCAGCCACCAGUACGACUCGAUGGAUGUGGUCUACAUUGCUUCCCGCCCAAUGACCGCUACCUGGGGCAUUAAGAUUGCUUCCAAGUUCAAAGGCCGUUGUCAAAUCUUGGUCCGCUGGGCCAUUGCGUACGCUACAUCACUACCUGCUCUAUUUGUCUUGGCCCUUGCCAUUGCUGGCUUCUUCUCUUGCCUGUGCCAGUACGUCCUGCUCAAGGCUGUCGAAAGAGAGGUACCCGCCCUUGCCAACCAGGUCGGCGAAUUUGCCGGCGAAGUCGUCACCUCGCUACAGGAUGUCUCCAAGCAGUGGGCUGAUGAUGCCAACGGUGUUGUGCUAUCAACGCAGAACGAGAUCAAUCAAGACAUGCUCGGCUACGUCACCAACGCUACCUCGGCUGUCAACGACACGUUGAACACAUUCACCAACACCAUGACGACUGGUUUGGAGACUGUAUUCAACGGUACCAUCCUCAUCAAUCCCAUCAAGGACGUUAUUCGCUGUACUAUUGGUCUCAAGGUCGAGGCUGUCCAGAAGGGACUAACUUGGGUCCACGAUCACUCGCAGAUCUCGUUCCCUCUCUUCGACAACGACACAUUCAGCCUCGGGGCUCAAGAGUCCAUCUCGGGCGACUCAGACCUCAAGACCUUCCUAUCGUCACCUUCAAGUGUGUCAACCGACGAGGUGACUGGCGCCGUGACUCAUGUUACCGAUAUGCUUCGUCGAGGCAUCAUCAAGGAAGCGCUCAUCUCUACCGGCAUCCUUCUCGUCUACGUCAUUGUCGUCCUCAUCGGCAUCAUCCGCGCCUUGGUUGGCAUGGCCAUGCCCGACAAAGGCCGUGGUGAGGGCGGGUUGCGCUACACCGGAGACGACCGCCCAGCCAUGAGCCCGCGAAGCCCUCCCAGAUCCCAUGGCAACGACUCCCGCUUCCCACAGUUCGGUAGCGAUGCAUCUGCCGUGGAUGAUGACCACUACUCGGGCAUGCGAGAUGAGAAGGCCCUGAAGAAGACGAGCGUGCAGAGCGGCAGGGCGCAGCCGACGGAGGGUCAUCAACGACAAAGUUCGUAUGGACACCUCGACACAGCAUCAUCAACCAAGUUUUAG